GGGCGGGCCGGGUUCCGGGCCGUCAUUGUGACCUGGCCGAGCGCGGGCCAUUGUUCGCCGGGUUCAUCUUCCUAGGAGGCCCGUCCGCGGGGCUUCGUUUGUUUUCGUUUCCCUUUCUUUUCCUGUGGAGCCCGUAAGAGCUCCCCCCGUCCCCCCGCCAUCUCCCCGGGAGCUCGCGGAGGGCGCUCCAGGCACACACUGUCCUCCAAAGGGGGAGGGAUGGACGCAAGUGAGACCCCAUAACCGCCUGGGCUGCACACGCAGGGCCCCGCUUCCCCGUCGUCAGGUUUCUCAGCCGCGCCCGGAACCUGGCGGAUCCCCCUCCAUCCCCGCGAGCAUCUGUUUAGAGGAAGCGGGCAGCGGGUCGCCAUGGCCUCGCCAUCGGCUCAGCAGCUGGAGGAGGACGACGGCCUGAGGGGCUGCGAGCUCUACGUGCAGAAGCACAGCGUCCAGCAGGUGCUCAAGGACUGCAUCGUGCAGCUCUGCAUCUCCAAGCCCGAGCACCCCAUGAGGUUCCUCCGGGAGCACUUCGAGAAGCUGGAGAAGGAAGAAACCCGGCAGAUCCUGGCGCAGCAGAAGCCAGCCUCCCAGCCGGACUCGCACGACGAGGAAGUGUCCCCGUCGCCGCCCAACCCGGUGGUGCAAGCCCGGCACCGGCGUGGGGGAGUGAGCGCCGAGGUGUACACAGAGGAGGAUGCCGUGUCCUACGUGCGGAAGGUCAUCCCCAAGGACUACAAGACCAUGACGGCACUGGCCAAAGCCAUCUCCAAGAACGUGCUCUUCGCUCACCUGGACGACAACGAGAGAAGCGACAUAUUCGAUGCCAUGUUCCCCGUCAUGCACAUCGCUGGGGAGACCGUCAUACAGCAAGGGGACGAAGGGGAUAACUUCUACGUAAUUGACCAAGGGGAAGUGGACGUGUAUGUGAACGGAGAGUGGGUGACCAGCAUCAGCGAAGGCGGCAGCUUCGGGGAGCUGGCCCUCAUCUACGGCACCCCCAGGGCAGCGACUGUGAAGGCCAAGACGGACCUCAAGCUCUGGGGCAUCGACCGGGACAGCUACCGGCGCAUCCUCAUGGGCAGCACGCUGAGGAAGCGCAGGAUGUACGAGGAGUUUCUCAGCAAGGUCUCCAUCCUGGAGUCCCUGGAGAAGUGGGAACGUCUGACUGUGGCUGACGCCCUGGAGCCCGUCCAGUUUGAGGACGGAGAGAAGAUCGUGGUCCAGGGGGAGCCUGGGGACGACUUCUUCAUCAUCACGGAGGGCACAGCCUCCGUCCUCCAGCGCCGGUCCCCCAGUGAAGAGUAUGUGGAAGUGGGGCGCCUCGGGCCCUCCGACUACUUCGGGGAGAUCGCGCUGCUGCUGAACCGGCCCCGGGCGGCCACCGUGGUGGCCCGGGGGCCCCUGACGUGCGUGAAGCUGGACCGGCCCCGCUUCGAGCGCGUGCUGGGCCCCUGCUCCGAGAUCCUCCAGAGGAGCAUCCAGCGCUACAACAGCUUCAUCUCCCUCACCGUCUGAGCGCCGCGCCUGCUGCUGUCCGCGUGCGCGUCCAGCUGAGGCUGGCAGCCGGGCACCGCCCCUCCCUCGGGCCCACCUGGGAGCCAAGGGGUCACCCCCAGAGGUGGCGGCCCCCUCCCCGUCUCCCCUCCCCGUCCCCCGCUGGCUCCUCUUCAGGGCCCCGCCUUCCUCCCCACGUCUUCUGGGGUCAGGGCCCAGCUCUGGGAGGCCCUCCUCGCCGAUCAGGCUGGGCAGCUGCCGGCGGCCGACCCCCGUGAUGCGCGGCCACCCGGUCUGUGGCCAGGGCGUGGGGCGAUGACAUCCCAGGGGGUCCCCACAGGCACUCUUGGGCUUGGAGCGAGAAGCUGAGGCUGAAGAGAGAGAGGGUCCAGCCCCUCCCCCAGAUGCUCGCCCCCGCCGCCCCACAGAGGGUCCUCCCAAGAUGCCAGGGGUGGGGGGGCUCUGGCGGCUUAAGCUAGUUCCGGCCUCAGAGGGGGGGUGGCCCCCAGGAGCCCACGGCAUGUUUAGGGGAGUGGGUGAGACCCUCCCCUUUCCUGGAAAGCUGGGUGCACCGACCAGUUCGCCUGGCCGUCAGGGGCAGGGGUCCCCCUCACUGGGCUGAGACGCCGGGGAGAGGAAGGGCGCACCAUGUGAGUCUGGGGCGUUCCGAGGUGCGGUGAGCUGCUCCCGGGGCCGGGGGAGGGCCCCGCUGCCUUGCACAGCUCCGCAGAGCAGCCUCGUGGAGACUGGGGAGGAAGUGGAGGGAUUUUCUAAAACACAUUCUGGAUGAAGUUGUCAGGAGUGGAGUCCCCGGUGCGUGAUUCUCCAGCAGACACGCCUCCCGUUAACCAGGAGUCUCGCCCUGGUGGGAAAGCCCGAUAUCCGAGCCUCGCCUCCCCCAUGUGGGACAAAUGUGAGUCUCACCAGCCCUGGGCCCACACACCUAAGUCAUCAAUCAAUCCAUUCCCCCUGGGAAGUGUCGUCAGGCCAACUCUCACGUGAGCUGGAGGGGCCUGGGGCCCGUGCCUCACGGGACUCCUGGUGACCUGAAGGACAAACGAAAUAGUGCAGGUACCCCGAUUUGCUCCUGCCCGUGCAGCCCGGGGAGGCUGCCUGGUCCGGGGUGACCCCUGCCUUUGCCUGUGGGUGUUUCUGUGGUGUGUAAGCCCUGCCCUGUUUAUCGCGAUGUUCUGAAUGCUGCAUGUGCUAUUAAAUGUGCA